GACAUGUGGUUCGGGAAAAUUCGUCAUUGUAAGUUUUAGUGCAGUGGAGAGGUGGUAGUGUACAUCUUCUUUUGGAUUUACUUCGUUUUCUCCUUUGAAGUUCUGGCCAUAAUUUUAUUGAAAUAACAUGUACCGUUUACCAACCAUAUUACGAUCAUCAGCUGCCCGCCAUGUUUCACCAGCUUUAAGAAGAGGGUUUGCAAAAGAUAUCAAAUUUGGUGCAGAUGUUCGUGCUUUAAUGCUACAGGGUGUGGAUGUCCUUGCCGAUGCUGUUGCUGUGACAAUGGGUCCAAAGGGAAGAAAUGUGAUACUUGAACAGUCCUGGGGUAGUCCAAAAAUAACAAAAGAUGGUGUAACUGUAGCUAAGGCCAUUGAACUGAAAGACAAAUUUCAUAAUAUUGGUGCUAAGCUUGUUCAGGAUGUUGCCAACAAUACAAAUGAAGAAGCAGGAGAUGGAACUACAACUGCCACAAUUUUAGCACGUUCAAUUGCAAAGGAAGGUUUUGAAAAAAUCAGCAAGGGUGCAAAUCCAAUUGAAAUAAGAAAAGGAGUAAUGACAGCAGUUGAAAAGGUAGUUGAACAUUUAAGGAAAUUAUCCAAGAAUGUGACAACUCCUGAAGAAAUAGCCCAGGUUGCAACUAUAUCAGCAAACGGAGAUAAGCAAAUCGGAGAACUGAUCUCAAAUGCAAUGAAGAAAGUUGGAAAAGAUGGAGUUAUUACAGUCAAGGAUGGAAAAACACUUCAUGAUGAACUAGAAGUUAUUGAAGGCAUGAAGUUUGACAGAGGUUACAUCUCUCCAUAUUUUAUUAACACAUCAAAAGGAGCCAAAGUGGAAUUCCAGGAUGCUCUUGUAUUGUUCAGUGAAAAGAAAAUUUCAAGUAUUCAAUCCAUCAUUCCAGCACUUGAGCUUGCAAAUGCACAGCGUCGCCCUCUGAUUAUAAUUGCAGAAGAUGUUGAUGGAGAGGCUCUGAGCACUCUAGUUCUAAACAGGUUAAAAGUAGGUCUCCAGGUUGCAGCAGUGAAAGCUCCUGGAUUUGGAGAUAACAGGAAGAACACUAUGCAUGACAUGGCUGUUGCUACUGGUGGACUUGUGUUUGGUGAUGAUGCUAAUCUUAUCAAAAUGGAGGAAGUUCAAUUAUCAGAUUUGGGAGAAGUUGGUGAGGUUACCAUUACAAAAGAUGACACCUUGCUGCUGAAGGGGAAGGGAAAGAAGGAAGAUGUUGAUCGAAGAAUAGACCAAAUUAGGGAUGAAAUUGAUAUGACAAACUCUGAUUAUGAGAAGGAAAAGCUGAGUGAAAGACUAGCAAGGUUGGCCAGUGGUGUAGCUGUGUUAAAGGUUGGUGGUUCCAGCGAAGUAGAAGUUAAUGAAAAGAAAGACCGUGUCAAUGAUGCAUUAAAUGCUACUAGAGCAGCUGUUGAGGAAGGCAUUGUAACAGGUGGUGGAACAGCUCUUCUUAGGUGUUUGCCCAUUUUAGAUCAGUUACAAGGAGACAACAGUGAUCAACAAAUAGGUAUUGAUAUUAUCAAGAAAGCAUUAAAAAUGCCUUGCAAACAGAUUAUAGAAAAUGCUGGAGUAGAUGCUGCAGUAGUUGUUCAGAAGGUUAUAGACUCUGACCCUGAUGUAGGAUAUGAUGCUUUGAAUAACAAGUAUGUCAACAUGAUCGAAGCAGGCAUAAUUGAUCCCACAAAGGUUGUAAGAACAGCACUUAUGGAUGCUGCUGGAGUUGCAUCUCUUCUCACAACCGCUGAGGCUGUUGUUGUAGAACAACCAAAAGAAGAGAAAGGUGAUCCAAUGGGAGGCAUGGGUGGAAUGGGGGGUAUGGGAGGUAUGGGUGGAAUGGGUAUGUGAAACAGUGCAACUGCUAAAAAAAAUAAUGGAUAGUCAGAGCUAUCUCCUUUUGGUGAUGCAUUUUAGUUUCAGAUUAUUCAUUCUUACACUGCAAUGAUUAUUGGUUAAAACUUAGUGGAAUAAAAGAACUCAACUUCAAGUUCCACAUGGAGCAUUUUUUAUCCUGAUGUGAGAUGAAAUGUUAGCUUAUGGGAAAUGUGAGUGAAUAACUCGCAUCAUUUGACUAGUUUUUUUUUGUUCUUGUAUGAUCAGUCAUUGCUCUGGGAACAAAUCCAUCUUCUGAGUCAUUGUUAUGGUAGAUUAAAACAUUUUCAGUCAUUUUUCCAAUCAUGAUGUAAACUGAUACUCUUGUUCAUUUCCACUGCUUAGACAUUCAUGUAAACUAGUUAAAUAAAGUUUUUUGACAAAGUAA